AUGAAGCUUCUAUCCUACACCUCACUAGGAGCUCUGGCAUCCUUGUUCCUCGUCGUCCAAGGCCUAGAAUGGGACGAAUACGCUUGCAUGACCAGCACCGGCGACAUGAAGAACCUGGGCUCAUACGUUUACAACUCCCCUGGUCUAUGCCAGAAUCUGUGCGAGAAACAAUACGGCUACUUUCUUGCCCUGCAGGGCGAGUCCUGCUGGUGUGGUAGCGAGCCUCCCGCCUUUGACAGCAUGAAUGGUGCAACUUGCGAUGGAAAUUGUCCGGGUUUCCCGGAGGAUACAUGUGGCGGUAACGGCACCUUUUCCGUGUGGGAACUGACGGAGGAUUACUUCAAUCCUAGUCUAGAACAAACCACCUCCACGGAGACUUCGACGACGAUUUCGGCUAGCAGUGCUUCGGUUUCCUCGACCGUCUCUUCGGUGGCGCCCUCUGUCUCAGCUACAGUCACGGCUUCAUCCUUGGCCAUUCCUUCGGAAAGUACCUCUGCGGCGACUAGCGCCGCUCCUUCUACGACUUUGAGCUCGGGGGCCAGCCGUCGCUUCAGAAUCUUGUUUUUCUAG